GCCACUGCUCAGCCCAAGUGUCGCCACCGCUUCCACAGGGCUCUGACUGGACGCCGCCGCCGCCGCUGCCUCCGAUCCAAGCCACCUCCCUCCAGGUGAGCCCCGAGAUUCUAGCUCAGAGAGGUGUCAUGGGCUUCCAAAAGUUCUCCCCCUUCUUGGCUCUCGGCAUCUUGGUGCUGUUCCAGGCAGGCAGCCUUCAGGCAGCACCAUUCAGUUCCGCCCUGGACAGAAGCCCAGACCUAGCCACACUCAGUGAGGAGAAAGGGCGCCUCCUGCUGGCUGCACUGCAGGACUAUGUGCAGAUGAAGACCAGUGAGCUGGAGCAGGAGCAGGAGCAGGAGACAAAGGGCUCCAGAACCACUGCCCAGAAGAGAGCCUGUGACACUGCCACCUGUGUGACUCAUCGGCUGGCAGGCUUGCUGAGCAGAUCUGGGGGCAUGGUGAAGAACAACUUCGUGCCCACCAAUGUGGGUUCUGAAGGCUUCGGCAGGCGCCGCAGAAACCUUCAAGCCUGAGCAGCUAAAUGACUCAAGAAGAUCACAAUGAAGCUGAACUCCUUUUAAUGUGUAAUGAAAACAAUUUGUAGGAAAACCUCCAUGGAACACAAACAUAUUGGCAUCCUUAUUGAUACCGAAAACUAUCUUCUUUGUUUGAAAGGAACUAUUGCUAAAUGUAGAGCAAGCUCAAUGCAGUUACCUAUUGUGCAUCUUUUUAAAUACUUGAUUAUGUAACCAUAAAUCUGACAGCAUGUCUCACUGGCUUAUUUGGUAGCAAAUCUAGGCCCUGUCAGCCAUCCUGUUGACACUGGUGGCUCUGCUAAACCUCAGGGGGACAUGAAAUCACUUCCUUUUGGGCAUCUGGGGACGUAAUGCUGUGCCUUGAAGAAACUAUUUGUUUAAAGAAAUGUCAAUGCUGACAUUUGUAAACUCUAUCAAAAUUAAAAAUGUAUUUUCAAU